AUGGAAAAAUCCACUGCAUUGGUAGUUGUUUGCCUCGAACUGCCAGCACUAUCAUCAUCGAUGCAGAAGCAAGACAACGCACCGACAGGUGAUACGUGGGAAACGGGCACCAGAAGUGCUGUCGCCGGCGGCACCACCACUGUUAUUGCCUUUGCCUCCCAGAAGAAGCACGAAGAAUCUCUCUUGCCAGCAAUCACAGCAUACCAUGAAAAGGCAGGCGGUAACAGUUAUUGCGACUAUGGCUUUCAUGUGAUUCUGUCAAACCCCACAGACCAGAUUUUGGAGAAUGAGUUGCCUGCAUUGGCUGAUGCCCACGGCAUCACCAGUGUCAAAAUCUACAUGACCUACGAGCCUUUGAAAUUGUCCGACAGGCAUAUACUCUACGUCCUGAUGAGGUGCAGGGCACUUGGCAUGACGACCAUGGUGCAUGCGGAGAAUUCAGACAUGAUAGCCAUCGUCAUAGAAGGGUUAGAGAAGCGAGGGAAUAUGGGGACCUGGUUUCAUUCCGUCGCUCGGCCAAAGAUUGCCGAGGACGAGGCAACUUAUCGAGCAAUUGCUCUAGCUGAGCUUGUGGAUGCUCCGAUUUUGUUGGUCCACGUCUCUUCAGAUAUUGCCGUAGAGCAUGUCAGGGCUGCGCAGGCUCGCCUACUUCCCAUUCACGCCGAGACAUGUCCUCAUUAUCUGUACCUCUUGUCGCAGGAGCUAAAAGGACAAUGCAACGGCUCUGGCCACCACCAUGGCGACACUGAUGACUUUUCUGGUGCCAAGGCUGUGUGCUCACCCCCUCUCCGCCACGAUCCAGCCGAUCUCGAGGGGCUUUGGCGAGCUGUCGCGAGCAAUGCCUUUACAGUGAUCUCCUCGGAUCACGCUCCGUCUACUUUCGAUCAUCCUGGUGGGAAGAAGUUGGGGUUGGUCAAUGGCAAAAUCCCAAAUUUCACAAAAAUACCGAAUGGUAUACCCGGCGUAGAGACCCGCCUACCUCUUCUAUUUAGCGACUGCGAAGGCUGUCUGCCCAUUUCUGAAGCAAGGUUGUCUUUGCCUCAGUUUGUGCAGAUGACGUCGAGUAAUGCUGCAAAGAUGUACGGUCUCGAGCAACGAAAGGGAAACAUAGCGCCAGGAUUUGAUGCAGACCUGGUAAUAUGGUACCCGGGCGACAAAGGUGCCCGGCUCAUAACCCAAGGUAGACUGCACCAUGGUGUUGAUUAUACGCCAUUUGAAGGGAUUAGGGUGCGCAACUGGCCAAGAUAUACCCUUAUUCGAGGCACUCUAGUGUACAAUGAUCAAGGUGGCAUAAUAGGAGACAAAGGGUACGGGCAGUACCUGAAACGUGGCUUAGGCCAAAUUUUGGUUGGAAAGACAGGCAGACAGGCCAGGGGCAUGUUGAAGGACGAGCGAUCGUUUUGGCAGCCAACGAUGGAAUAG